CGGCUUCUCCGGCUUUUAUUCCUAAAUCUCAAACUGGUAUAAUUUAUCCAAAGAAUGAUUCUUAUGAUGAUUGCUAUUUGGAUGAAGAACAACAUAUCAAAGGCAAAUGCAAAAAUCUGACUGAUUGUCCUUCAGCACUAUAUGAUAAAAGACAACCACCUAAAACUUGUUACUUCAACAAGUAUGAACAGAUUGUCUGCUGCGAAAUAGGUUCCGGCGGGCUCAACUUUUAUAUACCAAUAGAAACAAAGAGACGUCCUAGUGAACUGGAAUGUGUGUUAGAACUUAAUUUCUCUUCAAUACCGCCAUUGCAAACAAGCUCUCAUCAACUAAAUAUAGAUGAUUUAAUAUCAGUAGUACAUGGUAAACCCACCGAAUUGAAUGAAUUUCCAUACAUGGCUGCUUUGGGCUGGUCAUCGAACUUUGAUAGUUCAAUAAUUUAUCGAUGUGGAGGAGCUCUAAUAACGAAGAGAUUCGUUUUAACAGCUGCACAUUGUACAGAUUUUGCCGGCUCAUAUCCAAAAUACGUUCGAAUUGGAGGAAUGAAUCUAACCGAUAUCUCUGGUUCGAAUAUUAAUAUAAAAAGAAUUAUUGUACACCCCGCAUAUAAAUAUAUAGUAUAUCAUAAUGAUAUUGCACUUAUAGAACUUGAAGAGGAAUCAAAUAAAAAUAUAGUUUGUUUAUGGACUAAAUAUGAAGUACCUAAUAUUAACGUCAUUGCCAUUGGAUAUGGUCACACAAUGUUUGGUGGGAAAGGUUCCGAUCAACUUUUAAAAGCUAAUUUAAACAUAGUCAGUAAUAACAUUUGCAGAAGAUAUUAUACAUCAGAUUCCGAAUAUGAACAACAAGAAAUUCUGAAUACUCAAAUUUGUGCUGGAGAUCCUGAACAUUUAAGAGAUACUUGCCAGGGUGAUUCUGGUGGACCAAUAAUCAUGAAAUAUAAUAAUCAUGAUUAUAUUGUUGGAAUUACAUCCUUUGGGCAGGGAUGUGCUGGUCAACCACCUAGUGUAUAUACAAGGAUAUCAGCUUACAUUGAUUGGAUAGAAGAUACAGUGUUGUCUACAACAAAAUAAAGACUGUAUUAAU